AGGCGGCGAGCAGGAGGGAGACGCGCCCGGCUCGGCGAUCAGCGGAGAUGCCAAUUGGCUCGGGAAUGCUACUUCUCUUGCUCUUUUGCUGCUGGGGCUCGGCGAGGGCACAAAAUGGGGAUCUUACAGUCAGACCCACUUGCAAGCCAGGCUUCUCGGAAGACGAUUACACUGCACUGGUUUCCCAAAACAUCAUGGAAGGGCAGAAGUUACUCAAAGUGAAAUUGAGCGGCUGCUCGGAGAGCAAGGGAGUCCGGUACGAAACCGACAACGUGGACUUCAAGGUGAGGACCGAUGGAACUAUCUACACCACCACACAGGUGCAGAUCCCCUCGGAGCAGACCAUAUUUAUGGUGACAGCAUGGGACCACCAGGCCCAAAAGAGAUGGGAAACAAUGGUCAGGUUACUGGUGGGAGAGAAAACACAACACAAGGGACACAAGCAGAAAGGAAAGAAAAACGUGUCGGCAGAUCUCACACAGCAGCCUGGCGACACGCUGCUGCCCUGGCGCCAUCACCAGAAUCCGCAUGGGCUCCGGCGGCAGAAACGUGACUGGGUUAUCCCACCCAUCAAUGUGCCAGAAAAUUCGAGAGGACCCUUCCCACAGCAGCUGGUUAGGAUUCGUUCGGAUAAGGACAGUGAGAUCCAUAUAAGAUAUAGCAUCACAGGAGUUGGAGCCGACCAGCCACCUAUGGAAGUCUUCAACAUCGACCCUGUGUCAGGAAGAAUGUACGUGACCCGUCCAAUGGACAGAGAAGAAAGGGCAUCGUAUCACCUUAGAGCACAUGCAGUAGAUAUGAAUGGAAACAAAGUGGAGAACCCAAUUGACCUCUACAUCUAUGUCAUUGACAUGAAUGACAACAGGCCAGAGUUCAUAAACCAAGUCUAUAAUGGAUCAGUUGACGAAGGAUCUAAACCAGGAACCUAUGUGAUGACCGUGACAGCAAACGACGCAGACGACAGCACUACAGCCAACGGGAUGGUGAGGUACCGGAUUGUGACUCAAACCCCACAGAGCCCGUCGCAGAACAUGUUUACCAUUAACAGCGAGACCGGAGACAUCGUUACGGUGGCUGCUGGACUUGACAGAGAGAAAGUUCAGCAGUACACUGUCAUCGUUCAGGCCACAGAUAUGGAAGGAAAUCUUAACUACGGUCUCUCAAACACAGCGACGGCAAUCAUUAUGGUGACAGAUGUGAAUGACAACCCACCCGAAUUCACUGCCAGCACCUAUUCUGGUGAGGUCCCAGAAAACCGAGUGGAAGUCGUGGUUGCUAAUUUGACGGUGAUGGACAGAGAUCAGCCUCACUCGCCCAACUGGAAUGCUGUUUAUCGGAUCAUCAGUGGAGACCCUUCCGGUCAUUUCACCAUCAGGACCGACCCCAUUACCAAUGAAGGCUUGGUAACAGUUGUGAGGGAAGUUGACUAUGAGUUGAACAGAGCUUUUAUGCUGACGGUGAUGGUCUCCAACCAAGCUCCCCUAGCGAGUGGCAUCCAGAUGUCCUUCCUGUCGACAGCCGGAGUCACCAUUUCAGUCACUGAUGUCAAUGAGCCACCCUAUUUCCCAACAAACCACAAGCUCAUCAGGCUGGAGGAGGGAGUUCCUACAGGGACGGCAUUGAUAACCUUUUCCGCCGUGGAUCCCGACCGCUUCAUGCAGCAGGCUAUAAGAUACUCCAAGCUGUCAGAUCCUGCAAACUGGCUGAACAUUAAUGCCACAAAUGGUCAGAUCACUACCGCCGCCGUCCUUGAUCGUGAGUCAGCCUAUAUUAAGAACAAUGUCUAUGAGGCCACGUUCCUGGCAGCUGACAACGGUAUCCCACCAGCCAGUGGCACCGGCACGCUCCAGAUCUAUCUAAUUGACAUCAACGAUAACGCUCCUGAGCUGCAGCCAAAGGAGGCGCAGAUCUGUGAGAAGCCAAACCUGAAUGUCAUCAACAUCACAGCCGCCGAUGCUGACAUCGAUCCAAACGUCGGGCCCUUUGUCUUCGAGCUGCCAAGCGUGCCAUCUGCCAUCAGGAAGAACUGGACCAUUACGCGGCUAAAUGGUGACUACGCCCAACUCAGUUUACGAAUAAUGUACUUGGAAGCCGGGGUUUAUGACGUCCCGAUCAUCGUGACCGAUUCCGGAAACCCUCCUCUGUUUAACAUGUCCGUCAUUAAGGUCAAGGUGUGUCCGUGUGAUGAAAAUGGAGACUGUACCACCAUAGGAGCAGUCGCCGCAGCCGGGCUGGGAACUGGAGCCAUCAUUGCCAUCUUGAUAUGUAUCAUCAUUUUGUUGACCAUGGUUUUGGUUUUUGUGGUGUGGAUGAAGCGCAGGGAAAAGGAGCGGCACACAAAACAGCUCCUCAUUGAUCCCGAGGAUGAUGUUCGAGAUAACAUUUUGAAGUAUGAUGAGGAAGGAGGUGGAGAAGAAGACCAGGAUUAUGAUUUAAGCCAACUUCAGCAGCCAGAGAGCAUGGAUCAUGUUUUGAACAAGGCAAAUGGAGUCAGACGAGUAGACGAGAGACCUGUUGGUGCUGAGCCCCAGUAUCCCAUAAGACCUGUAAUCCCCCAUCCUGGGGACAUUGGGGACUUUAUUAAUGAGGGCUUGAGAGCAGCAGACAAUGACCCCACCGCUCCGCCAUAUGACUCCCUCCUUGUCUUUGACUACGAGGGCAGCGGCUCAACAGCGGGCUCUGUCAGCUCGCUUAACUCCUCAAGCUCCGGAGACCAAGAUUAUGACUACCUUAAUGACUGGGGGCCAAGGUUCAAGAAACUGGCGGACAUGUACGGGGGCGGCGAGGAUGACUAAAUUGACCUCACUUCAUUGUUUUGCAAAAUGAGGAAAGCUAUAGCAUUAGAAGA